GGUGUGUAAGUGUUGUUUUUUAGAAAAAAAGAAAAAAGUCAUAGUCAGAAAGAGUCAGAAAGAAAGAAAGACAGAAAGACGGAAAGAAAUCGUUCAGACUACAUGCUGGAUGAACGAUUAAGCCUUUAGAAGCUCUUUAGAAAUCUGCUGCCAUUCAAAAAAGCUGGAGAAUGGAGGCCAAUUUAACCAAUGGGAUCUGUAAACAGGUUAACUUUAACUUUACACAGGUUUUCAUACCCACAGUGUAUGUCAACGUGUUUGUGUUUGGACUUGUUGGCAAUUGCUUUGGGCUGAAAUCUGUGCAUGAUAACUGGGCGAAACUCGGGAAUACAAACAUUUUUGUGUUAAAUCUUUGCGUGGCUGACAUUCUGUACCUGUUCACUUUGCCAUUCUUGCUGGAUUACUAUGUAAAAGACCAAACGUGGAACUUUGGAGACGUCUUCUGCAAGACAACGAGGUUCUUAUUCAGCAUUAACCUCUAUGGAAGCAUUGGAUUUCUUACAUGCAUCAGCGUCUACAGGUAUCUGGGCAUCGUGCACCCUUUGAGGGUGAAAGGUCGAAUAAGACCACACUACUCCAUUGGGAUUACGGCACUAGUCUGGAUUUUGGUUUCCGUUCAGAGUCUGCCUGACGUGUUCUUCGAGAAAUCGUACGCAAACAAGAAGGCGUGCUUCGACACGACAGGAGACACCAGUAUCGACAGCUAUCUGACCUACAGCAUUACCCGAGCUGUGACUGGAUUUGCGGUGCCACUGCUGAUCAUGGUGUGCUGCUAUGGACAUGUGGCGGUCACUCUAUUCAAUAAGAAAGACUCUGGAGACGCCAUGCUGAAACUCAGGUGCCUGAGGCUGGUGAUGAUCCUGGCUCUGCUCUUCUCCAUUUGCUUCAUCCCCUUCCACAUCUUCAGAAACCUCAACCUGCAGACCCGGGUCUGGAAGAAGAAGCUCUUCUGUCGGGGUUGGUACGCCAACAUCUACGUCGCCAACCAAAUCAGCCAUGGGCUGGCCUGUCUGAACAGUGCCAUUAACCCACUGGUGUACCUGUUCAGCAGUGAUGAACGUCUGAGGUGGUGCUUUAGGUGUGUAAAAGUCCAGCCUUCUUCACACCUUACUAAAUUCACUUUCGUGUACUCUCCAAGGGGUAGGAAUGCAUCUGUCGAACUUCUCUCCACGCCAUGAGUGACUGUUUUUCAUCAGAUUCCUUUGUUGUGCUUUAAGUAUUUUAUUUACUUGAUACUACUGCAUCUCAAACAAUUAGAAUAUCAUUUAAAAAGUUACUUUAGCAUUUUUUUAAUAAUUCAGUUUAAAAUUUGAAACUAAGAAUAUUAUAGUAGACCAAUUGUUACUUUUGGCCAUGUGCAAAUCCUGCUGGAAAAUGAAAUCCACAUCUCCAUAUCAUGUGAAACUUCACACUAGACCUCGAGCAGUUUGGACUGUGUGUCUCUCCACUCUUCCUCCAGACUCUGCUCCCUUGAUUUACUUUAAAUGAAAUGUAAAAUUUACUGAUGAUCAGUGAUGGUUUGGAGAGUCAUGUCUGUCAUCUGCUGGUGUUGAUCCACUGUGUUUUAUUAUCAAGUCUAAAGUCAGUGCAGUUUUGUUUUCCCACAAAAUCUUACAGCACUUCAUGCUUCUUUCCUCUGCUACUGACAACUUUUAUAGAGAUGCAGAUUUCAUUUUCCAGCAGGACUUGGCACACUGCCCGCACUGCCAAAAGUAGCAAUUGGUCUUAUAUAAUAUUCUAAUUUUCUAAGACACUGAUUUUUGGGUUUUCAUUGGCUGUAAACCAUAACCACCAUUCAUCUGAUAAAAAGCCUUCAUGGGAUUCUUAAGACUGAACAAAAAAACAUUGAAUUGCACUGAAAACUGUAUCAAACUAAUCGCCUCAACUAACAUUACUAAAUUCCUUGUUAAAGGUUGGUCUGAGUAAAAAAUAUGUGUAAUUAUGGCAAAAUUUACAAAUUGUAGUUGAACCCUAGCUGAGGAAAAGAUAAGCCAUUUGCUCUACUGCACAUGCUCAGUUUGUCUCUGUGGAUGAACUUGAGUUUUAUAUACUGUGUGUUAUAUAUUAGUUUAAUAGCUGCCCUCAGUGUUGAAGGCUAUAAGAGCAAGUUGCUGAGUUUCGUGUUGCUGAGUGUAUAUAGACUAUAUCCUGACUAGUGUUGAGCAAUUGUGUGAAUUUGAUUAAUGUAAAACAUCAUUGACACAUUUUUGUUGUUGUUGUCUGCAGAACUUAUAAUAUACAUUUUGUAUAACUAAAAUUAGGCCAACAAAAAACAUUGACAUGUACAUAUAAUUGUAUAUAUAUAUAUAUAUAUAUAUAAUAAAUGUACUAUAUAUUGGCAUGUAAUUACUAAUUAUUAAGUUAAACGCCUUGAAUUCUGCAUUUUAUUUUGUAAAAUGUUUCACAUACUUGACCUGGUUUAAUAAUAAACUGAUUUGCACUCGA